UCCGCUCGCCAUCCUCCUCCUCCUUCCUCUCUGUAUCUACUCAAAAGGAGCGCACGCAGGGAAUAAAAAGAAUCAUACAGCCACAGACACACACCAGCCAAUCCCAGCAGGCAUCCAACGCUAUCCAACCCUGCUCCGUUCCUCCCUUGUAUAAAACCCCCUGCCCCGCCAAGCCAAGCGCCAUCCAUCCCCUACCUCCAUUCCACCUCCAUCUCCUCUGUCUCAGAGAUCAUCAGCUAGCUGCAAUUCUUCUUCAGAGAUCACCCACCCUCGCCGACUCUUCUUGCCUGCUUGCAGAGGACGAUGCCAACGGCGCAGCUGCCGGCGCUCUCCGGCGGCAUCCUCUGAUCGGCCGAUCGCCGAUCAACCACCGGCCUUGGCAUGCGCGCUGGGUUCAACCGGAGGGGCUAGACCGUUAUGACAAGUACCGCCGUCGCCUACUACUACAGAUUGGCGCAGCUGUGCCAGGCGAGGACGCACCCUCGCGCGCACAAGAACUACUCGCCGAAUACUUCCGCCAGCCGCUCAAGCCAGUGACGUAGAUUCGGCCAGAAAUCUCCAUACACCCCAUCCAAAACAGCCUCAUACCCAAACAUCAAACUAACCAAAUCAAUUUCGAAUUGAACCAUCCAAACUCUGGCUCCAGUUAACCAAACACCCUCGAAUUCUUCUUCGUUUCCUCUUCAGUCAUAAGUAAACACCAAUUUUCUUGAUUUCCCCACAAAACCCAGCCAAAAAACCCAUACAAGUCGAGAGCAACAAGAGGGAAGCGAUGCAGGGAGACCCAGGCUACGGCUACGGUGGCUACGGCGGCUAUGGCUACGGCUACGGUGGUGGCUACGGCAGCGGCUACGACAUGGCCGCGUACGGCAACGGUGGAGCGUACUACGCCAACGAUCACCGGUACCCCGCGGCGGCACCGCCGGCUCCGGCUGCCUAUGAGGACCCACUCGCCGGUCGGAGGCAGCACGAUUUCCCGGCACCGCUCACCGGGCUGGAGUUUCAGCCGUCGGACACCUGCCCCAAGAACUACGUCAUCUUCGACCAGACCUACGACCGGAGCAGGGUCAUGUACCACCCGUCGCUGGCCAACAACUUCGGCUCCUCGGGCGGCUACGACCAGCACUGCAACAACAACAACGGCGGCUACGACCAGAACUACGUCGGCAAGAGCACCUACUACGGCGGCGGCGACGACGGCGGCGGUGAGUGCUCCAUCCGUCAGAAGGAGGACACGGACGAGAUCGACGCGCUGAUGAGCUCCGGGGACGGCGAGGAGGAGGACGACGUGCUGAGCACGGGCCGCACGCCCGGGUGCCGCGGCGGGGGCUCGCCGGACUCCACGUGCUCCUCCGGGUACGUGGUGAGCGUCAGCCCGACCGGCAACAACGCCACCGGCAACGGCGGAGGCGGCGAGAGGAAGAAGGACAGGAUGAAGAAGAUGAUGAAGACGCUGAAGGGGAUCAUCCCCGGCGGCGACCGGAUGGACACGCCGGCCGUGCUGGACGAGGCCGUGAGGUACCUCAAGUCGCUCAAGGUGGAGGUGAAGAAGCUCGGGGUGCGCGGGUCGAGGAGCUAGCUAGCUAGGUAGCGAUCGAUCGAUCGGUCCAGCUCACAUGCAUGGGCCAUGGCAAUGUGGGCUGAGCAUGGAUGGACGAGCUCAGGUCAUGAUGGAGGCAGCCACAUAAGACGAGGGUUGGUGCUCCUUUUUGCACUGCUGCCAUGAUAUCAUUCUCGUGAAGCUCUCGAGGAUGUCAGUGGAAAGGGCAGGAUAGAGUGGAAGGAUCUCAGUUGCCGCGCGCACGCGUCUGACCUUGCGCUCGAGUUGCGCGCGUGCGUGCGUGCAUCCAUGGAUUGUUGGUUUCUUUUGUAGUAGAAGUUGCUGCUUUUCUCUCCCCCCUUCUCCCCUCCCUCGUAUCUGCUGAUGCGGGCCGGCUGGUGUUGUAACUAUCAUGCUGAUUAUAUACACCGUGUUUUUGUUUGCUUCUCCUCGCCA